AUGGAGCAGAACCAGGACCCGGAGGACUCCAGUAGACCAGCAGCAGGCUCUGAUAGCACCGAUGUUCAGGAAGGAAGAGAGAGACUCAAACGGCACCACUGUCAGCUCUGUGACAAAACCUACUCAACAGCUGGAGGUUUAAAGGUUCAUCUCCGCAUCCAUACUGGAGAGAGACCUUACAGCUGUGACCAAUGUGGGAAGACUUUUAAUGAAAAACAGAGCCUGAGAAAACAUCAACGCAUCCACACUGGAGAGAAACCUUACAGCUGUGACCAAUGUGGGCAUGCUUUCAGUCUACUACAGAGCCUGAGAGAUCAUCAACGCAUCCAUACCGGAGAGAAACCUCACAGCUGUGACCAAUGUGGGAAGACUUUCUCCUGCUUACAAGGCCUAAGACAACAUCACCGCAUCCAUACUGGAGAGAAACCUCACAGCUGUGACCAGUGUGGGAAUGCUUUCAGUCGACUAAACAGCCUGAGAAGUCAUCAACGCAUCCAUACUGGAGAGAAACCUUACAGCUGUGACCAAUGUGGAAAAACUUUUUCUCACAGUAACAGCCUUGAAUACCACCGACGCAUCCACACUGGAGAGAAGCCGUACUGGUGUGACCAAUGUGGGAAAACCUUUUCUCAGAGUUCUAACCUUAAAACUCAUCAAUGGGUUCACACUGGAGAGAAACCCUAGUGGUGAGACGAAGGCAGGAAAAAAUUUUCUCUGAGUGGUAUUUUUUUAGAAAAAAUAAAAGUUGUUAGAGCAUUAUUAGUAGCCUUUUUUCUUUUUAAUAUCUACAUCAUAAGAUUGU